AAGUCGCAAUACUCUACGCUUCCCGCCCUUCACCUCAGUCUCCAUCUCCUGCAAUAUUUCAGCUCUCAAGCCGCCCCUCAAUCCCGACUGCUCUAUCUCUCACUGGAUCGUUCUUCGCUUGCAAUCGCAUUCACGGUUCUCGGCUGCUUCGAGUUCUGAGUACUUCUUUAGCGUUUACUUUAUAUCAAGCUCAAGAGGACACUAAGAGAUGGCUAUUGCUUCACAAACCCCUGAUAUAUUGGGCGAGCGACAAUCUGGUCAGGAUGUCCGCACCCAAAAUGUUGUUGCUUGUCAAGCAGUUGCCAACAUUGUGAAAUCUUCGCUUGGACCUGUUGGCCUUGAUAAGAUGCUUGUGGAUGAUAUUGGCGAUGUUACAAUCACUAAUGAUGGUGCCACAAUUCUCAAGAUGUUAGAAGUAGAGCACCCUGCUGCAAAGGUGCUAGUGGAGUUGGCCGAACUCCAAGAUCGAGAAGUUGGAGAUGGCACAACUUCAGUGGUCAUUGUAGCUGCAGAGUUGCUCAAGAGAGCUAAUGAUUUGGUGAGGAACAAGAUUCAUCCAACUUCUAUAAUUAGUGGGUACAGACUUGCCAUGAGGGAAGCAUGCAAGUAUGUCGAAGAAAAGUUGGCUGUAAAGGUUGAAAGGUUGGGAAAAGACUCACUAAUAAACUGUGCCAAGACAAGCAUGUCUUCCAAGUUGAUUACAAGUGAUAGUGACUUCUUUGCAAACUUGGUUGUAGAUGCAGUGCAAGCGGUUAAGAUGACCAAUGCAAGGGGAGAAAUCAAAUACCCAAUUAAGGGAAUCAACAUCUUGAAAGCUCAUGGAAAGAGUGCAAAAGAUAGCUAUCUGUUGAAUGGUUAUGCUCUAAAUACAGGUCGAGCAGCUCAAGGGAUGCCGAUUAGAGUUGCACCUGCAAGGAUUGCUUGCCUUGACUUCAAUCUCCAGAAGACAAAAAUGCAGCUAGGUGUCCAAGUUCUUGUCACUGACCCCAGAGAACUUGAGAAAAUUCGUCAGCGGGAGUCUGAUAUGAUGAAAGAACGCAUUGAAAAGCUUCUGAAAGCUGGGGCAAAUGUUGUUCUCACCACGAAAGGGAUUGAUGACAUGGCACUCAAGUAUUUUGUGGAGACGGGUGCUAUUGCUGUUAGACGAGUAAAAAAGGAGGACAUGCGCCAUGUCGCCAAGGCUACUGGAGCAACCAUGGUUUCGACAUUUGCUGACAUGGAGGGGGAGGAAACCUUUGAGUCGUCACUUCUUGGAUAUGCUGAUGAGGUCGUAGAGGAGAGAAUUGCUGAUGAUGAUGUUGUUAUGAUAAAGGGUUCUAAAACUACUAGUGCGGUUUCCUUGAUUCUUAGAGGCGCAAAUGACUAUAUGCUUGAUGAGAUGGAGAGGGCUUUGCAUGAUGCAUUAUCUAUUGUCAAAAGGACCCUCGAGUCCAAUACGGUGGUAGCAGGUGGUGGUGCAGUUGAAUCUGCUUUAUCUGUGUAUUUGGAAUACCUUGCCACAACUCUAGGCUCCCGUGAGCAGUUGGCAAUUGCUGAGUUUGCUGAAUCUUUAUUAAUUAUUCCCAAGGUACUUGCUGUCAAUGCUGCUAAGGAUGCUACGGAGUUGGUUGCCAAACUACGGGCUUACCACCACACAGCACAGACAAAGGCAGAUAAGAAGCAUCUCUCAAGCAUGGGACUAGAUCUGUCCAAUGGAACUAUCCGCAAUAACUUGGAAGCAGGUGUCAUUGAGCCUGCCAUGAGCAAAGUCAAGAUAAUUCAGUUUGCAACCGAAGCAGCGAUUACAAUUCUGCGUAUUGACGACAUGAUCAAGCUUUACAAAGAUGAAACUCAAAACGAGGAGGAAUAGGUUGGUUUUUCAUGAUUUUGGAUAGAAUAUUUUACUGCCAUUGAUAUUUUUCAUAGCCUGCUUAUUUACUGACUUAAUUAUAAAGUAGAUUUGUAUCCGGAUAUGCAUUUUCUAUCUUCUACUGUGUUCUGUAAGUUUACAAUGCCCUCUGCAACUUUGAUGCGAGUGGGUCUUUUGAGAGAAAUUUUGGCCAGGUCUGGUUUGAGAAAAAGGAUUAUUAUUUUUUUGAUAAUCUUACCAUAUUUAGAAAUACGUUUUUCUGUAA